AUGGCGACACAAGGCCGUGGAGCACCGAAAGCUGAGGUGAUCCAGCAAUGGGCUGAUGCGGGCUCCGAAGGCGCGUCAUUUGAGCGCGGUCGGAUCGACGCUGCUGUAAAGUCCAUUUGCGUUGAAGAUCCUGCUGGCACGCCAGCAUCGCUCAAAGACCCGCGCAAAGGCGUGAAGCUCAAGGCGGCUGAUAUCAUUGCCCUCACAAACGAGUUCCUUAUUUCGCGUCCUGAGCCUGCGCCCUCCUUCCAGUCGUACAAACUACCUGAUCCGCAGAAUGCUGGGUACGACAAGUCUGAAUUGGAUGAUUCCUUUAUUGGCAUGUCCGGCGGGGACAUCUUCCACGAAAUGAUGCUCCGACACGGCGUCAAGACCGUUUUUGGCUACCCUGGUGGUGCGAUCUUGCCUGUAUUUGACGCUAUUCACAAUUCGAAAUACUUUGACUUUGUGCUUCCGCGACGCGAGGAUGGUGCGGGGCAUAUGGCCGAGGGCUAUGCGCGCGCGAGCGGCAAGCCCGGUGUCGUCAUUGUGACUAGUGGUCCUGGCGCGACGAAUGUUGUUACGCCAAUGCAGGAUGCAAUGAGCGACGGUGUGCCUCUAAUUGUGUUUUGUGGCCAGGUCGCUACUUCCGCGAUUGGCUCCGACAGCUUCCAGGAAGCAGAUAUGGUUGGCAUUAGCCGCAGCUGCACGAAAUGGAACGUGAUGGUAAAAGAUGUCGCCGAAAUUCCACGCCGUAUUAACGAGGCGUUCAAAAUUGCAACAAGCGGUCGUCCAGGCCCCGUUUUGGUUGACCUGCCCAAAGAUGUAACUGCAGGUGUAUUAAAAAACCCGAUCCCCCGCACUAGCACGCAACCGAAUUUGUCCCUCAUGCCGAGUCGUGAGACGGCGAUGCAGCAGCGCCGAUCCGUGAAAAGCUCGCAGCCACUUGUAUGCGACCAGCAACCCUUGCUAGCAAAGGCAGCACACCUCAUAAGCAUUGCCAAGCGGCCUAUUAUCUACGCAGGCCACGGUAUCUUGCUCGACCCUCAAGGCCCCGAGCUCCUCCGCGAGCUUGCCGAGACGUACCAGAUUCCUGUCACCACAACCUUACACGCCCUCGGUGCAUUUGACGAGAUGAAAUCGCUUAGUCUUCACAUGCUCGGUAUGCAUGGCUCCGCCUACGCGAAUCUGUCCAUGCAGAACGCAGACUUGAUCAUUGCACUUGGCGCGCGCUUUGACGACCGUGUUACUGGCCGUCUCGACCGCUUUGCGCCGGCUGCGCAUGCCGCCGCGGAACAGGGCACAGGCGGUAUUAUCCACUUUGAAGUGAUGCCCAAAAAUAUCAACAAGGUCGUUCAGGCGACUGUUGCCAUUGAAGGCGACGUCACGAAAAAUUUGCGCCAACUGUUUGCGGAGAUGGGCAGCUGCGCGGACCAUAGCGAAUGGCUCGAACAGAUCCGUGUUUGGAAAGAGGAGUUCCCGUUCUUCUACGACGCAUCGGACCCCUCCAAAGGCGAGCUGCUCAAGCCGCAGGAGGUAGUCGAGGCGCUUGACCAAGCCGUUGCGGACAGAAAAGAACAAGUGAUUAUUACCGCCGGUGUUGGCCAGCACCAAAUGUGGGCUGCACAGCACUACCGCUGGCGCCACCCCCGCUCGUUUAUUUCCAGCGGUGGUCUUGGCACAAUGGGCUUUGGACUCCCGUCGUGCAUUGGCGCCAAGGUGGCGAUGCCUGAUAAGAUGGUGUUUGACAUUGACGGUGACGCAAGUUUUAGCAUGACAGCCAUGGAACUAGCCACGGCUGCGCAGUACAACAUCGGCGUCAAAGUAUUGGUUUUGAAUAACGAGUUCCAGGGUAUGGUGUUGCAAUGGCAAGAUCUUUUCUAUAACCGCCGCUACUCCCACACGGAAAUGCACAACCCCGAUUUCGUCAAGCUGGCCGAGAGUAUGGGCGUCAAGGCCAUUCGAUGCGAAUUGCUUGACGAUUUGCCCGCUAAAAUGAAGGAGUUUGUCGAGUACGACAACAACAAGCCGAUACUUUUCGAGGCGCGUGUAGUAAAGAGCGAGCAUGUGUUCCCCAUGGUCGCCGCUGGCAAAGCACUGGACGAGCAGCUUGUGCACCCCUCGCUGAACAAGCCCAACUCUGCGCCGCGGUUUGCCCCUUUGCCGUAG